GUUCGUCUUUGCAUUUCAACAUUACACAACACACAUUCUUUGCCAACCAUGCCUCGAAAUCCAUCAGAUAUUAAAAACAAGCUCAAGCGCUCAGAAGUCGCACACCGUCUCAAAUCCCUUAAAGCAAAAGCCAAAUUCAAUCGCCGCAAAACCCUCGCAAAACAAGAAGCCGACGCACCAGAACUGAAAGCCGAGCGAUUAGAAAAAAAUGUUCCGAAAACAUUGGAGAAUAUGCGGGAGGUGGACGAGACGCUUGUUGGGGAUGAUGAGGAGGUGAUGGAAGAGGAGGGUGUGGAUGAAUUCAAAGAGUAUUUUAGUGGGGCAAGACCAAAGAUUUUGGUGACGACUUCUAAACGGGCCAGUGCGAACGUUUAUGAAUUUGCAAAUGAAUUCGUAUCCAUCUUUCCGGAUGCAGAGUUUGUAAAACGAGGAUCCCAAUUCGAAAUCAAAAAGAUUGUCGAGUUGGCCAUUAAGCGAGAUUAUACGGACGUGAUUGUCAUUAACGAAGACCGAAAGACACCUAACGCCAUAACAAUGAUCCACCUCCCAAACGGCCCCACAGCCCACUUUAAGCUCUCAAGCAUUAAACUCUCCAAAGAAAUCCGAGGACACGGCAAAACAGACGCACAUAAACCUGAACUUAUUUUAAACAACUUUUCGACACGGCUGGGACAUACUGUUGGAAGGUUUUUUGCAGCGCUUUUUCCGCAUGUACCAGAGUUUAAGGGGAGACAAGUCGCAACGUUUCAUAAUCAGAGGGAUUUUAUUUUCUUUAGGCGGCAUAGGUAUAUCUUUAGAGACGGUGAGCGGUGCGAUCUACAGGAACUUGGACCGAGGUUCACGUUAAAGCUUCGAUGGCUUCAAAAAGGAACGUUUGAUACAAAGUAUGGAGAAUAUGAAUGGAUGCACAAGCCGGAAUUGGAUACGAGUCGACGAAGGUUUUUCUUGUAAUGCCAUAGGCACACUAUUAUUUUGUAUAAUUUUAUUUUCGAUUACCUGUGAAUAUUGAGAGACUGUUCUCCUAAAGA